GUUCCUUUCUGCCCGCCGAGUCCGGCCUUGCGUUUCAGCGCAAAGUCAAGCCCUGAAGAAGAGUCACCCUGACCUGUUUCAGAGCCCCUUCAGGUCCCAAAAAACAGGACAGAGGACUCUCCCCAGCCAGAACAUUCCUUAGGGUACAGGACGAGGAUUUCUGGUGUGAAGCAGAGGGUGACGUGAGCUGCUCUGUCCCUGAAUCCAUUAUGGAACAGAUUAAUGGACCUCUUCAGAUGGAGCACGCAUUGCUGUUUGCCUUCCUGGACGUAUCCUCUGACUGUAAGUUCAAAGACCAGCUGCAUUCCCUGCAAAGCCAGCAGAUCAUGUUGUACCAAGGAAACGAUGACGACGAGCUUCAGACCGAUGGCAAUCGGAGCGGCCACUUCCGGAAUGGUGAGCUAGGGUUGGCUCCAACAAAUGAAGAGGUUAUCCGGAUCAUUGCUGCUCAGCUCGCUGAGAUUGGAGACCAGUUUGAUAAAGAAAUCCAAGAAAGAGUGGUAAAUGGCCUAGUGCAGCACUUUAUGAAUGAGAAUCUGUCUGAGGAGGACAUAACCCGGCACAUGUCCAGGGUAGUGAGAGAGCUUAUCCGAGCCAUCCCCGCAGACAUGGAACAGGAGAAGGCCAUGUUGGUGCUAGCAAUGGUCUUGACUAAGAAAAUUGUGAAUACAGUGCCCUCCCUUCUACGCCGUGUCUUCAACACCACUCGGAACUACAUGAACCAGCAGUUCCACAACUACAUUGUUGAAAUGCUGGGUGAGUGAGCUCUCCACGCCUGUGUAGAGCAUGGGAAUUGCUGAAGACUUUCCUUGCUGGAUGAAGAUGACUUGAUUUAUUCUUAACUUCUGAAAUACAGCUGUGAAAGAGAUGGCAGAGCUUCAUAGAUCGGCUUUUGUAGACUAGCACAGCAGCAAUUGUAGUGUGAGCUGCCUGCCAGCUCUGCCAGUACCUGUAGGGAGUAGUGUUUGCCUCUCUCUUUUCACACUAUUUUUUAAUUUAGCAGCAGCAGCUUUUGUGCAGAGCCUGCCUUGUGCCUCCACAGGCCCAGUGGGCCCGGGGCCUGUCCUCUGUGUUUUUUCUAAGCAGCUGUAGCAUUUUGCUUUACUUAUUCACUUCCCAGCCCUGCUCCUGAAGCUGAGCCAUGCUGAGUGUUGUUUUCAGGAAGGCCUCAGGCUAUGGAAUGAUGGUUCAUCAGUGGGGGUUCAUCAUUGGUGGUUCAUCAGUGGGGGUGGGUGGGAAUCAGGUUUAUCUUGAUGAGAAGCUGGCAGCAAGAGGCAACAGAGCCCUGAGGGAUAGAGGGGAGUGUGCCCAAAGAAGGGUGACACGAGGAUACUUCAGUAUCAACCACCAUACACCUCUGUUUGCCUGAAAAAUAAAACUGACAGAAAAAAAAUGUAAAGAAAAGGGCAAGGUAGGCACAAGGAAAGUUUUUUGAGAAUGCAACCUGAAUAUGCUUAAGAAAAAGUAGUUACAUCUCAGGCUGAACAAACUUGGACUCAGGUUGUUUGAUACACAAUCAGACAAGGUGGCAAAUGUGUCACCUGUCUUCCAGCUGCCUCAGGACUUUUCCAAGAAUGUAAAUAUUUUGUAGGAUUUUUUAACUUAAAUAAAAAUUUCAUUCAG